AGUGAGAAUCCUCAACAGUUGGUAUUACAUUUCGCGGUUUUCGUUAAUGAAUUUAGCCGUUGGUUCAUUGUUGGAUUGAGUUCAAACGCUUGAAAAGUUAAGAAGUGAUAAUGGAAGGUUUCACUAUUUCUAAUGAUAGAAAGAGAUUUUCGGAUAAAGAAAAGUUGUUUUUGGUUCAUCAAAUAAAUAAGUACAGCAGGGUGAUUGAGUCGAAAGAAAGUAAUGGGCCAAAAAUUCAAGAGAAGCGGAAGAUUUGGCAGGCUAUCCAACAGGAGUUCAACGCAGAGCCAGACCACACUGAGAAGACUAUACAGCAGUUGCAGAAAUGUUGGGACAAUAUAAAGACCAGCAGGAAGAAGAAGUUGGCAAAGGAAAGGCAGGCCAAAAUGGGAACAGGUGGGGGUCCUCCUACAAAAUUUGAAGAUGACCCAGAAAUCGAUGCCAUCCUUCAAAAUUCAACUGCCAUUGACAUCCCAAAUGUGUAUGACAGUGACACCUCCAUGUUGGAGUCAACCAAAGAACAAGAAUUUUUCAAUAUGACCUUCAUCGAAGUGAGCCAAGAUGGGGAAAGUUCUGCUGUACCAGAAAUUUCAAUUAGGUCUACACCCCCACAGUUGACAAUGACACCUGCUUGUUCAACCCAUGAUCAAAGAACACUAACUAAAGAAAAUGAAAGAAGGAAUGAUGGAGUAUGUGGGAAAAAACGCAAGCUGCUCGGAACUGCCAGGCAGGCUGCAAUCAACAUCGAGCUGGAGGAGAGGGUAAAGAAGUUGAGUAAGAUGGCAGAGCAUGAAGAGGAGUUGCACCAAAUAAGAUUAGAGGAGGCCAGAACAAAAUUAAAGAUACAGCAACAGAUAUUGGAAACAGCAAAAAUUGAAACUGAGGCUGCAAGAAUGAAAAAACAAUAUGAAGAGGAAAUUUUAAAAAUUAAAUUAAAAUGUGCAUGUGAACAUUGAACUUGUA